GGGAAAAAAAUGCAGCUUCCAGUUCGAAGGUUGAGAGACCCGACUUCAAGCACGCUCCCAUCUGAUCGUCGGCUUGAAAAACAAUCAGACGUAAAUUCACAGCUCUCUUGACUUAUCUCCGUGCCAAGGUAGGCAUCUUUUUUGAAGCCAUCUUGGAGCAGGGUGGCCUUUUGGCCUGCUCGGCGGUUGCUCUGGUGAUAAAGGAUAUAUCCCGGGUCACUCUCCACCUGUUUCUGGUACCUAGCUGGAAAUAUCCCAGAUUUAAGUCCCGAUCUCUCUUUACAAUCUUAUCACGGGGCACUAAGCAGAAGCCUCCUCCAACAUAAUAUCUGUUCCCACUGGGUACUUGCCAGUUAUCACCAUCUUCUCCCUACCUACUCCUUCUCCCCCUUUCGCCAUGGCAACAUGCAAAGUCUGCUCCGACCCUCUAGUCAUACAUCUUGAUCCUGAAGACUCGGGUGCGACUCUCCCGGACGACCUUCUCCUGGCAUGUGGAUGUCAUUUCCACUGGCAGUGCCUCCUUGACCAGUCCCUCCAGCUAGCCGCGUCUCUCCGCUGUCCAGCCUGCAAUACCUACCUCCCCCCCAACUCAGUUGGGCCUUCGGCUGCCAGCUCCUCCUCCUCCUCCUCCGCCGUCGCGCCCCAGAGGACCGCGAUCCUGACGCGGUACAUCAACGAGGGUGGCGUGCAGGAGGGGCUCGACAUCCUGCCCACUGUCAUGGAGGAGGCAUACCUGGCCGAGCAUCCCGAGGCGCGGCCGGCGCAGGCUUUGCACCUGAUGUGUGCAGAGGGUGAUGUCGGUGGAAUCGUCGAGCUGCUGCAGGAUGUCGAUGCUGAUGAGGAUGAGGACGACGGUAUGGAUGCUGCCGCGCUUCUGAGGUAUCAGAACCCCCUAAACGGGAUGCGCAGCGGCCUGCACCUUGCAGUCGAAAAAGGGCAGGAGGAGGUCUUUUGGCUGCUGCUGUGGCUGGCGAGUGGUUUGCCAACAACCAACUUCCCCGAGGCAUUGGCCCAGACUGCUCUCGGCACGGGUCUGCAGAGAGGGGAGGCCGGGCCGGGAAAGGAAGAUAUCAGGUUCUUGAAAGAUGGGCAAGGGAGAACUGCUGGCGACCUUUGUAUUGAGGUCGGGGGUCAGUGGCAGAGGUUUGUGGAGGGUGGUUUGUUUUCUCCGUAGAAACGGAUAGGCGCAGUCACGGCAGCUAUUCAAGAGACUCGCAAAGUCAAUGAGGAUUCCCAUUUACGCCAGGUACAUACAAUAGCUCGUACAAACAGAGACUAUUUUUGCGUGUAUCGCAAGCUAUGCCAACCCCGAAGAUGAGGGCUGGGGGAGAGAGGAGACAGAGCUACGGUGGAUGAAAUGGGACAUUGUUGCAACAUGCCACUCGUCUAUUCAUACAGCAGAGGAACAUUUGGUUCAGUUUUAAAAUGAAUCCUUAUUUGGUAGCAUGUGGUUUGUAAACGAUAACGGCAGGAGCUGUAGGGAUG